CCGGAAACGGUUCUCGCCGUCGUCGCCUCCUCCUCCUCCUCCUCCACCGAGCAGCCGCCGCACGAGCCGAGGGGGGCCCGAGAUGCCGGUGGCCGUGGGUCCCUACGGGCAGUCGCAGCCCAACUGCUUCGACCGGGUGAAGAUGGGCUUCGUCAUGGGCUGCGCGGUGGGCAUGGCCGCCGGGGCCCUCUUCGGAACCUUCUCCUGCCUCAGGAUCGGCAUGCGGGGCCGGGAGUUGAUGGGCGGGAUCGGCAAGACGAUGAUGCAGAGCGGCGGCACCUUCGGCACCUUCAUGGCCAUCGGCAUGGGCAUCCGCUGUUGACCAGAACGAGAUGUUGCCCCCCUUCCCCGGCCCCUCUCGCGUUCUGAUGAAAUAAAGGUCUUUGCUUAGCCGGG